UCCAAUUUUAACAUAUGAAUACAUGUAGCAAAUCUGGAUGAAAUAAAAGAUAUAAUGAUUAAUGCUUCAGAUCCCUUGGAAUAUAUUCCAAAUGGUCGUUUAACAAUUUUAAAGCACCCAGAAUUUGAUACAACAGAAGCAUAUAAACAUGCAGAUAUUUUUCAGUCUACAACUUCAAAAAAAGUAUAUAAUACUGAUAUUGAUUCCAAAUCUUCUAAAGAUUUUUGGAUUCUUCGGGAUAAUGAAAAUCAUCAAGAAGAAGAAUUAUUUUGUUCUGGAAGACUUGCUAUUUACACGAAAGGGAAUCAAAUUACAAACACUUUACAAACAGCUUAUUGUUGUGAAACUGAUAUACUUCAUGCUGUUUGGUGUAAAUUUUACGUAAACGAUAAAAAUCAGAUUUUGAGAUCUAAACAGAACAAUUUUAAAAAAUCCAAAAAAGGAGUAGUUGAUUGUAUAUGCUUAUUUGAUUCAUAUACUUUGAAAGUUUUUACUGAAUUUGGAGAAAAUUACAUAUCUAGCUUACAAUUUAAGGUUUCUGCAGUAUGGCCAACUAAAUAUGGAAUUUUAAUAAGAAAAUCUAUUCCUUCAAAUUUUACAUACGGAAUAACGUCUCUUGAGAAUACAAAAAGUAUUUCUGAAUCAGAAGAACAAAAUUCUCCUAUUCUAUAUUCAUUAACACAUCCUUUGGAUGAUAUUAGUCCAGUACUUAUUAAACAUGGAUCUGUAUCAUAUUUUUGGGAUACAAAUCUUACCAUACUUUUUACGACCAGUGAGCCAUCGUUUGCUUUUAUUUUUGAUGCAAAAUCAGGAUUACAUUCAAUUUAUAAAAUAAGAAACGCUUCCAAUGAGGAAUGUCAAUGUAUAAAUAAUAGUGGAGAUAAUACUUCAUUAAUUUACAACUCUAUAUUCUCUUCAUCCUUACACUUUGCUGGAAAUAAUGGAUUAAGUAUAAGAAGUAAUAAUAAGAUCUGCAUUAGUAAUCUUGGUACCUCGAGUAGUCCUUUUCGUUCUAGAACUACUUCUUAUACAACAUCAUGUUCUGCUAAUAUAUCUUUGUCAUCUCAACAUCUGUCAAGGUCGCAUAGUCCAAUGGCUACAAUAUCUCGUUGCCAAUCUCCAACAAAUCCAAUUAUUACAACAAUGAGUGGUACAUCUUUAGGAUAUUAUACCCAUCAUAAUAGAUCACAUCAUACUUUAUUAGCAUUAUCACAAGGUCAAUCAGAUCGUAAUACAGGCUUUUACAAUAGACCCACAAAUCAAUUCCAAAACUAUGCACUGAAAGGAGGAGUAUUACCAGAAUUAUGUUUAGAACAUGUUUGGACAGAGAGUGUUAAUCUCAAUAAAGACAGUAAUAUGGGACAGGCAUCGAGGGUAUUCCUCACUGUAGAUUUAGUUGGACAAACAUACUUUUGCUAUUUGGUUCAGAAUCAGUGCCGUUUGUGUUUGAUUAGAUUAGAAAAAUCGAAUGACCCUGAAAGAAUUAUUCUAGGAAUGUUGACCACGAUAACAGCUAAGGAUGCAAUAAAUUUACCGAAGUUGAAUAUGAUUGUAAUUAUGGAAUUGAAUGGGACCAUGAGCAUGUAUUCCGGCACAUCUUUUGUUGGAAAACUACACGUUCCUAGUAUUAUUCCUAAUGUUGUUGGGAAUAGUUACGUGCUCUCGCAUUUUUAUACUCGAGAACUAUUAUCACCUUAUCCAAGAAGAAGUUCACUAAUUUCACCAAGUAGAUCAUCAACACCGCAUGUACAAUUUGAUGAAGGAGUACACCUAUUAAGUCCUGUCACUGGUAGUAAUUUAAAUAUAGUUGAUAAUUCAUUGAUUGAAAAUAGCCCAAUAUACAUAAAAAGUGCAGUUUCAAAUAAUUUGAUUUUAGAAUAUGGAGAUAAUAGUUUUUUUAAAAUUACUCUACCUACACAUAAAGCAUCACCUCUUGUGUUUAAAUGUCUACGAACACUUAAAAAUAUUUUACCUCGUGAUCUUGCAAUGCAGCUUCUAAUCAAAUGGUAUGUUGCUAGAAAUGCACCAGGGCCACAAGAUUUAACUACAACUCAAGAAUGGAAUUUAUUUUUAGUUAUUUUUUUUACGAUUUUUGGAUAUGAUGUCAAUAAAUUAUAUAUAACAAUGACCAAUGAGUUAGAUCAUACAACCGAACAUUAUAGCCCUAUGAUUUUAUCUAAAAAACAAAAAACAAUUAAUAAUGGCUCUACUAAUGAUUGGAAUUACUUGAUAGCUUCAGAAAUUACAAAUCAAACACAAAUUUUUCUUCACGAUGCAAUAGGAUUAUCUAAAUUAAAACCGAAUGACAGUGAUGAAACAGUUACUAUACUUGAUUCGGAAACAGCUCAAAUAGAUAAAACAACUGUUCAAUCCGGAUUUGUUAUACAUUUACCUUAUAUCUUAUUCUCAUUGCAUUUACUAUAUGAAGAGAUUAAAUUAAGUCGCAAUAUGUCUGAAAGUUCCUUUUUGUUAGCAAAAUUAUUAUAUCAACUAAGUAUGGAUUUAAAUUUAUCGAAUUAUAAACAACACUAUUUUUCGGAUUUUCCUACUUUAAGUAAAAAUAACACAGAGUUUCAAAUUAAUGAUACAGAGUUUCGUAAAAUUAUUAUACCUGAUUUUAUAUCAUCUAACACACCAGACAUAUUUAAAACGCUUUAUGAUUUAUUAACAUUGUCAUGUGUUCCUUCAUAUCCGUAUCUAUUUCAAAUUAAUUCUAUAAGUAAAACUUUAAUACAGUUAUUCACAAUGUUUAAAAAGCAACGACAGUUAAAUAUUUUAGAAUUUGAUCACUUGUUUAAAAUAAUUAAUCCAAUUGAAAAUGAAGAUAAUCGCAUGGAAAGAGAUAGUAAAGAAACAAUGGAAGAAAUUAUUAUGCACUGUUAUAAAACUGGAAUGAACAAACAACAACUAGAUAAUUUACCGUCUGGUAUAAAUUUCGUUCUUAGUAAUAUAAUUUACCAAUGCAGAGAAAAUCCACCGACUAAUUGGCCAUUGCUAGCUUAUGAAUUGAUUGACCGACAAGACUUAGCAGCGUUAGGAAAAAAUAUUUCACAUAACCAUCAUCUUGAUCAUAUACAAAAUGAAAAUGUAAAAUCUGAUGUCAACUUUAAUUAUACCGAACGCAAUGACGGAAUGGAAUUUGACUACACUAUAUUACGACUAAAAUUUAAUAAAGAUCAUAGAGUUCGAGAAACUCGAAAAUUACUCGAUUCUUCGGAACCAAUUAAAAUUUCUAUUGUUCAAAGACCAGAUGUAAGUGAUCAUGAGUUUAUUGAGGAACAAGAAAAGUUUUUACAUGCUUUAUGUACACGCACGAUGGCACUUCCAAUAGGUAGAGGAAUGUUUACUUUGAGAACAUCCAUGCCAAUUAAUACUGAACAGUUACCAAUACCUCGUCUUUGUUUAACUGGUAAAGCACCACCUCGUGGAUCAACAAUUGAAUUAACUCAUAUAGAUGUUCCGACUAAUAUGAAUUUAUGGCCAUUAUUUCAUAAUGGUGUUGCUACAGGACUAUGUAUUCAUCCAAAUGCUUCAAAUGUUGAUUCGACUUGGAUAGUGUAUAAUAAACAACAACAAGGAGAAUUUGGCAUUGAACACUCAGGAUUUUUAAUGGCAUUAGGACUUAAUGGUCAUCUAAAAAAUCUCGCUCCUUUCAGCAUGUAUGAAUAUUUAGUAGAAUGCCAUGAAGCCACUAGUGUUGGUCUAUUACUGGGAUUGUCAGCUACUCAUCGAGCUUCAAUGGAUGUGUCAAUGACAAAAUUACUUUCUCUUCAUGUAGAAACUCUUUUACCUCCAACAAGUAUAGAACUUAAUGUUCAACAAAAUGUUCAAGUAGCUGCUCUUAUGGGUGUUGGAUUAGUUUAUCAGGGUACAAAUCAUCGACACAUCGCACAUGCACUACUUUCCGAAAUAGGAAGACCACCGGGACCAGAAAUGAAAAAUUGUGUAGAUAGGGAAUCAUAUUCUUUAACAGCGGGUUUAGCAUUAGGAUUAGUUCUUUUAUGUUCUGGAACUGGUUCAGAUUUAGCUAAUAUUCCCGAUACACUUCAUUAUUAUAUGGUUGGAGGUAAUAUCAGGCCUUUCAGUGGUGCUCAAAAAGACAAAUAUAAAUCACCCAGCUAUCAAAUACGAGAAGGAGAUUCUAUAAAUAUUGACGUAACAAGCCCUGGUGCAACUAUAGCAUUAGGUUUAAUGUACCUUAAAUCGGGUAACCAUGCUGUUGCUGAAUGGAUGGCUGCACCAAAUACGCAAUAUCUUUUAGACUUUGUACGCCCUGAUUUAUUACUGCUUCGAAUUUUAUCAAAAUCUUUAAUUUUAUGGGAUGAAAUUGAACCGUCGAAGACAUGGGUCUCUAGUCAUGUUCCAGCUAUUGUUGCAAAAUACAAAUUACAAAAACCUACAUCUUAUAUAUCUGAACCCAUAGAUCUAGAAACAAUAAACCAAGCCUAUUGUAAUAUUAUUGCUGGCGCGUGUAUGGCUGUAGGUUUAAAAUAUGCUGGAACUGAAAAUAUGAUAGCUUUCAAAACACUGUAUCAUUUUUUAAAAAUGUUCAUGACUUUAACACAUAAGUCUGUCGCAGAACUCGCAGGAAAAGCUACAAUUGAAACUUGUCUUAAUGUCGUUCUAUUGUCUGCAUCUAUUGUUAUGGCAGGAACGGGUAAUCUAGAGAUUUUAAGAGUAUGCAGACAUAUUAGAACAAGAGUAGGACCAAGCAAUAGUGUUGUAACAUAUGGAUCACAUGUAGCAAUACACAUGGCGCUUGGAUUUUUAUUUUUGGGUGGUGGAAGUCAUACAUUAUCAAAUGAUUCAUCGUCAAUUGCAGCACUUAUAAUUUCAUUAUUUCCCAAAUUUCCAACUCAUAGUAAUGAUAACAGGUACCAUUUACAAGCACUCAGACAUUUCUAUGUACUUGCAACUGAACCAAGAUUAUUAUUACCAAAAGAUAUUGAUAAUGGAAAAUUUUGUUAUGCAAAAGUACGAUUAACUUACCAAUCUAUUUCUCAAAAAGAAGGUCAAAGAAUCGUUCUUAUAGCACCGUGUUUAUUGCCCCAGCUUGAUAGAUUAAGUAAAAUUGAAUUAGAUGACGACAGGUAUUGGAAAAUUACGUUUGAUAAAGAGCGAAAUUUUGAUCAGCUGAAAACAAUACUAAAUGCAAAUUGUGUUCUAAAUGUUAAACAAAGAGCUGGUUGCUUAUCACAUAUGGAAGAUCCGCAGGGUUUUCGUACAUUACUAGCUCAAACUUUAACAACUGAAGAUGUUAUUAUAUGGACAGCAUCAUUAAAACAAAUAACAUCUUUUACGACUGAUACAACAAUACUUAACUUUGUUAAUAGAUUUUUAAAAAAAGGGGAUUUGAGUAAUCAUGCACGAUGUGAUAAUUUUUGUAUGAAUAAAAUACACAAUCAGCUAAGUUCAUUGUGUUUUGCAUAUUUUCAAAACAGCAGUGUGGAAAGAGUAGAUAACCUUAAUCAAGUUUAUGAAAUCCCCCAAGAAAUAUCGGUAAUAGAAAAUCAUUACUUACAAAUUUUAAUAACUAUGACUUAUGAAUGCGUAAUUAGAGAUAAAAUAAAUUUUCUUCCGCUGUGGGUAAGUAUUUAUAAGAUACUUACAACAAUUGAAAAACAACCGAAAACGAAUCAGAUAUGGCAAAUUAAAUUUUUAUAUUCAUUUAAACAUUGCAACGAUUACUUUUAUGAACUAGAAAAAUUACUUAACAUGGAAAAUAUUUUUGCGAACAAACAACGUAUAUGCCGUAUUAUGGACAAAUGGGAAAACGAUCUAUCAGUAAUGUUGAAGAAUUUUUCGAAAAUUGGUCAUAUUCAAACUCAAAUUGAAGAUUUUGAUAAACUCGCUAGUUAUGUAUUAAAUUAUGAUAUACCGUGUAAAAUUGAUCGACUUGUUAUAAGUGCACCAGAAAAUCCUAUUAAAAAUAAAACAAUCCCAUGCCUAAAAAUAUACGGAGCUUUUAGAUUAAAUGCAUUGUUGAAAUUACAUUAAAUUCAAUUUCGUGUGAUAUUUUACAAAACAUUUAAAAACAAGUAAAUCAAACUAAGAGGUCAAGAAUACUGAUAGGCAGUAAAAAUAGUGAUUAUAUUGAGAGAAUUGCUCGCCAAAAUAUUUGUUAACAUUGAUUUUAUCUUAAGAUACUUUAAAGCAAAAUUCGUAUUCAUUAAUUUAAUACAAAAUACAA